AUGCUUAAAACCCGAUUCUCAGCCCCAUCUCUCGUUCUCAUCCUCUUAUCCAUCUUCUCCUCCUCAAUCCUCACGUUCUCAUCCACCACAAGCCUCGGAAUCGACGCCUUCUUUUUUGCGUCAGCCCCAUCUCUCGUUCUCAUCCUCUUAUCCAUCAUCUCCUCCUCAAUCCUCACGUUCUCAUCCACCACAAGCCUCGGAAUCGACGCCUUCUUUUUUGCGCAGUACAAACGCGACCCACUCGCCGUCAACGACUCCUUCACUUUCCUUCCAACGUCCAUCAAGAAAUCCCUGUCUGUCUCCGCCCCUUCUUCCAACCCCAAAUCCCUAAUUUCCCAGCUACUCGCCUUCAAGAUCUCUAUCCCUGUUUUUGUCAAGCUCGUCGGUCCCUUCUCGGCCUCCUCGCUUUCUCUGCUCCAAUCCUACGCGUCCGCCGCGCUCUCCUCCGCCCAAUUCCAGGUUAUCGGCUCCAAUUCGCACCACCUUGCCAUCUCCCACUCACUGCACCUUGAAGCUACGCACUCCCAUCUCGAGUUUGAGAUAUCCGCCGCCAUCCGCUCCCACAUCGAUUCGUCCACGGUUCCGUCACACCUCUCCGUCCUGAAUCCUGUUCCGUACUCUGUUGUGGAUCGGAUUGUCCGUCGUGAUUUUGAGAAGGAGUCGUCCAACUCGGCCCCGGGAUUCUACAUCUAUUUGUUGAAUCUCGAUCAACAGUCAAAGAGAUACGCCUACUUCUAUGAUGCGGAGGGUUCUUCUCCGCCGGUUUCUAACUGUCUGGGAACGAUCUGGACUGGCAAGGAACGGUACAUGUGGAUAGACCUCGCAGCCGGGCCAGUAGACUAUGGCCCAGCGCUGUCCGGCGAAGGUUUACUUCCCCGGGGUGAGUUUCAUCCUUUGGCCUCUCUUCAUAAGCGUCAUAGAUCGGAAAAGCUCUUGCUUGCUGACCUUGCCUCGCUCGUGCUAAGCGCUUACCAGACUCUAUUGGUUCCCUCUUUAAGAAUCCCCCUCUUCUUGGAGACCAUGCUUCUAGUCCAAUUCAUUCAUAUCCAUGGAUCUGAUGAUCGGGAUCCAGCUGGUCUUGACUGGGUUUUCAUUGAACAAACACUUAGAGAGGGCGACUUAUCAUUCAAGGAUCAAACUUUACUGUUCAAAUCAUAUACUGUGAAAUACUCAGAAUGCCCAAUCUGUUCGUUUGCAAUUGCCAAAUCAAUGAACUCUUACACAUCAAGGUUUCUCUUUGAGAAUUAUACUCUGAUUGUGACCGAGUAUUUAGACUCAAAAGUGCUGAAUAAGGUGCUAGCAGGAUCCAUUGCUGAUAUUCAUAGAGCGGCAGGGAUAACCGAUGAUGUGUACGGGAAGGUGCUCCCUGUGUUUGUCUUUGAUUUGGAUUAUGACAAGAUCACCUUGCUCGACCGAUUCCACCAAGCUGUUGCAUUUAGGGACAUGGUGAUUGCUGUGAGGACAAGGAACGUUGAGACGGUAAGUUAUUACAGCUGUAAUGGGAGGCAUAUGUUCACACAUACUCGUAACUUGAAUCGUGCUAUUGUGGGUUCAGUUCUUCAAAGUAUGUGGGGAGUUACACCAACUCAUCUUACAUGGAGCCCAGAGCAUAAUAAAACGAUUGUAGACUACACUUGGAGUGUUGGACGGACUCCAUUUGGUCCCUUCUCAGAGUUAUGCUCAAUUUCAUUUGUCCAAAGGGAUGCAGCUAGAAGAAAUGUUCUCCUUGUCAGUUUAAAUUAUACAAUCACUAGUUUGAUUGAUUUGUUGGAGUCAGUGGCAACUUAUGGAGGUGAUAAGAAGCUUCUCAAGCAUAGUAGGUAUGUGGAAUUUGUGCAGAGGUGGAAUUUGCUCAAAUAUAAGCUGGAAAAGUUUCUUUCUGCAAUGUCACAGCUGGAUUAUGACAAGGCCAUUUUUUUCCUGAGGUCUUCUGAUCUUGAUCUCUAUGGUUUGCACACUGUAAUUUACCAGGCAACUCAGGAGCUUGAUGCGUCACUUGUUUGUUUCAAAGAUCCGUCAUUCCCCUUGAUUUCUGCCUUUGUUGCUGUAGGAAUUUUGUUUGGAUUAUUCUAUGUUUAUGUCAAGAGAGAGAAGCUUUUUAGGAACAAGAGAAAACAAUUUUAGUCUUUGAUUUUGUCUUAAUUCAGGAGCCUCUUUUGGGGCAGCUUCGCUUCUUUAAAUACAUGUAAACAGCAUCAACAGUUGAGGAGUUGCUAUUUGAUGGGUAAGGAGAGAAAAUAGUUCAAAUUUUUGCAUCAGAUCCAUGUUUGCCGUCCUGAGAUUUUUAUUUCAUGCUAAUAACAUAAGCUACUUAACGUAUACUUGAUCGUGUUUUAUUCGUGGAUUCAGUCUAAUCAAGCUGUCUAGGAAGCGCAGCACAGUUCUUGCUGUGAAUUGGGAAAAUAUCCCGUCCAUGUGUCCGGUGUUUAAUGAAAUCUCGUCACUUAUCACGUGUAAACGACGUACCCACUGAAGAUAAAAUGAAAACCUCUAUAUUUUAAUGUAUGACCCAGC